AUGGUGGAGCUAUCGUUGUAUGACCUAAAGGUCAUGGGCUCGAGGUGUGGAAACAGCCUCUUGCGAAAAUGCAUGGUAAGGUUGUAUGCUAUAGACCCAUCAUCGUCUGCCCAUUCCCCAGACCCCAUAGCACAGGAAUUAGCUAGGGUUUCUAUAAUCCUAGUUAACGAUAGCAGGAGUCGUCAACAGCAAAGGGUCGAAACCUCUAAAGCUCUCGACGGCGAGACAAAAGCCACCUCCACCUUGAAUUCGAAUGGGCUAGACAGCUCGUCCCUCCUGCUCUCAAUGGAGAGACUGAACGGAAAGAAUUUCUGUGAAUGGGCUCAGUCAAUCAAACUCGUGAUUGACGGCAAAGGAAAGUUAGGCUACCCUACCAGCGAGAAAAAGAAGCCCGCCUCAACUGAUGCUACAACUCUGCAGAAGUGGAAGUCGAAGAACUCCAUGGUGACUGCAUGGCUGGUGAACUCCAUGAAACCUUCAAUCGGCAAGACCUAUCUGUUCCUAUCGUCGGCGAAGGAUGUCUAG